UGCCUUCUUGUCUUUUUAGGGUUUUCCGACAUCGUUGCAACCCAGGUCGAACUGUGCUUCUGUUCUCAACUGCAAACAAUGGAGUCCAAUGGCGGAGAUGCUUUCAGAAUACUUGAAGAGAUUGAAACGUUGAAGGCUGCAAAGAGCGAUAUAGAACAUCGUAUAGCAAACUUACAGGUUCAGAUUGGUGGGGUUGCUGUGGAGGAGAUGACCGAUUCUAUUUUAUGUCCUCCCAUAUCAACUAAUGAUGCAGGGUUCGGGCAUGGAUUGUCUCCUGAGAUGGUCUACCGAUAUAGUCGACAACUAUUACUUCCAUCAUUUGGAGUAAAAGGACAGUCAAAUCUCUUAAAGUCAUCAAUUUUGGUGGUUGGUGCUGGAGGGUUGGGCUCACCUGCUUUGUUGUAUCUUGCAGCUUGUGGCGUUGGCCGUUUAGGUAUUGUUGAUCAUGAUGAUGUUGAGCUUAAUAAUAUGCAUCGGCAGAUUAUCCACACUGAGGCGUAUAUUGGUCAGUCAAAAGUGAAAUCUGCUGCUGCAGCUUGCCGCGCGAUCAACUCCACUAUUGAUAUAGUGGAACACAGAGAAGCUCUGCGGACAUCCAAUGCCCUGGAAAUUGUGAGAAAAUAUGAUAUAGUGAUAGAUGCAACAGACAAUCUUCCAAGCCGGUACAUGAUCAGUGAUUGCUGUGUUGUCCUGGGAAAGCCUCUUGUAUCUGGUGCUGCACUGGGAUUAGAAGGGCAGCUCACUGUUUACAAUCAUAUUGGAAGUCCAUGUUACCGAUGCUUAUUUCCAACCCCACCACCUACAUCUGCAUGUCAAAGAUGCUCUGACAGUGGAGUUCUAGGAGUAGUUCCGGGUGUCAUUGGCUGCCUCCAAGCUUUGGAGGCUAUAAAGAUUGCGAGUGCUAUUGGUGAACCCCUUUCAGGACGAAUGCUACUUUUUGAUGCUUUGUCAGCACGGAUUCGUAUUGUCAAGAUAAGAGGAAGGUCUUUGCAUUGUGAAGUUUGUGGAGAGAAUGCAGCAUUCACGGAGCAGAUGUUCCAGGAUUUUGACUAUGAGAAGUUUACUCAAUCUCCAUUGACUCCGUUGCCCUUGAAAUUGAAGUUGCUUCCAGAAAAUGUCAGAAUAAGCGCUAAAGAAUAUAAAGAGAGGGUUGUAAAAGGGGAGGCACAUGUUUUAGUGGAUGUACGUCCAGAACACCACUUCAAGAUCGUUUCUCUGCCCAAGUCAUUGAACAUUCCAUUAUCAAGUUUGGAGGGUAAGUUGCCUGAAAUCUCUUCUGCCUUGAAGGAAGAGGAAAAGUGUAAUGGCCCCACAUCUAGCCCAGGUGCCUCCCUGUAUGUAAUAUGUAGAAGAGGUAAUGAUUCGCAGAGAGCUGUUCAGCUCCUCCACAAGAUGGGCUUCACUUCAGCCCAGGAUAUCAUUGGGGGUCUGGAAUCCUGGGCUCGUGACGUCGAUCCAAACUUCCCCAUUUACUAGCAAGGGUGUUGUUUGUCAUAAACAUUUAAUGAUAUUGUAUUUUUUUUUGUUUUUUAUUGUGCCAUCUUUUUGGAAGAAAAGACCUUAUUAAAGCAUCUCUCUCAGUUUAUGUACGCAUGAAUGCUAAUAGAAAGUUUGAAAGGCGACUCAAAGAUACCUCGUAUGCUUAACUGGCCUUCAUCUAUGUUUGGGAGAAUGGAAAUAAGUGUGUUUAUUAUGUUUUA